AUGUCGAUCGAUGUUGCCUUGCUUGCAGUUCUGGAGAAAAGUAUUUCUCCGGAAAAAGUCGAGCUUGAGGCCGCACAGCAGUUUUUGGAGGAGGCGGCAAAGACCGAUCUUGUUCGUCUCCUUCGUCAGCUCAGUGACGUCCUAAUCAAUCUAGAAUGUUCACCGGUAGUACGAAUGCAAGCUGGUCUCCAGUUAAAAAAUGCACUCUAUUCCAAAGACCCGGAUAUCAAAACUAUGUAUCAGCAGCGUUGGUUACAGUUUCCUCAAGAUGCACGAAUGUAUAUCAAACAGAAUGUAGGUCUGCUACAUUAUUGUGACCGCUCCGCUGCUCAGUGCGUUGCUUACAUUGCCUGCGCGGAGAUUCCGGCUAUGCAAUGGCCUGAUUUGAUGGAUCGCCUACUGGAGAAUGUUAUCAACGAUUCAAGUUCAGAAGCCUGCAAACAUUCUACUUUGGAAGCUAUAGGAUACAUAUGUCAGGACAUAGACGAGCGUAACUAUAUAAUGCAAGUGGUUUGCGAAUCGACACAGUCAACACACCCUCAGAUCAGAGUUGCAGCUCUUCAGUGUUUAGUGAAGAUCAUGUCUUUAUACUAUGGAUAUAUGGAGACAUACAUGAAACAGGCGCUGUUUGCGAUAACUCUUGAUGCCAUGAAAGACAUCAUUCCAGAGGUCGCUUUACAGGGAAUAGAAUUCUGGUCAACUGUUUGUGACGAAGAAAUCGAUCUGGCAAUCGAUGCAGCCGAGUGCUUCGAAAAGGGACAACCACCAGCUAUUUCUAGUAUGUUUUAUGCGAAGGGAGCGCUGGUUUUCAUUGCCCCGAUAUUAAUGGAAAUAUUGGCCCAUCAGUCUAUGGAUGAUGAUGAGUGGAAUCCAAGCAAGGCAGCUGGCGUUUGUCUCAUGCUGUUGGCUCAGUGUUGUGAGGACGCCAUUGUUGAACUCGUUAUCCCGUUUGUCAAUGAAAAUAUCAAAAAACCUGACUGGCGAUAUCGAGAUGCAGCUGUGAUGAGUUUCGGUAGCAUUCUUGAAGGUCCAGAUCCAACUGCGCUCAAACCUCUUGUUCAAUCCGCUAUGCCUGUUAUUAUUGAACUAUUGAGAGACGAAUCACCAGCCGUACGUGAUACUGCUGCGUGGACCAUUGGCCGUGUAUGCGAGACGUUACCAGACGUAGCUCUUCAAGAGACCUAUCUUUUGCCGUUACUCAAUGGACUUGUGGAAGGUUUGUCCGCUGAACCCCGAGUGGCUGCUAACGUAUGUUGGGCGUUCUCCAGUUUGGCUGAGAGUGCAUACGACGUUGCUGAUGCUGGUAACAGUCAGGGCGAACCCAAGACCUAUGCGUUAUCCAAUUACUUCAACGCAAUUACCGAACGCCUUUUGGCAACCUCCAGCCGACCAGAUGGUGGACAGCAUAACUUGCGCAACGCAGCCUACUCGGCUUUAAUGGCUCUCAUGCGGUCCGCCACCAAGGAUUGUUACGCGGAAGUUCAACGCGUUACUUUGAUCGUUUUGGAGCGUCUGGAGUCGGUCAUCGGGUUGGAAAAUCAUUUGGCUUCUAAUCAAGAUCGCGCUCAAUUCAAUGAUUUGCAGUCGUUGCUUUGCGGCACGCUUCAGUCCGUAUUGCGUAAGAUUAACAAAGAAGAUGCUCCGGCGAUAUCAGAUAAGGUGAUGCUUGCAUUGAUGUCUAUGUUCCAUUCAACCACCAACGUCGCUGCGGAGGGUUCCGGUGACCAGGCCCUGGUUAACGGAGAAAGUGGGAAAAACUCAAUAUACGGCGGCGUUCAAGAAGACGCACUUCUCGCAGUGUCCGCACUUCUAGAAGCUGUUGGAGAGCUCUUUGUCAAGUAUUUGGAUGCAUUUAUGCCCAUUCUUGUCCUCUGCUUGCGUAACUAUCGUGAAACACAAGUUUGUAUCAAUGCUGUGGGUCUUCUGGGUGAUUUGUGCCGCGUACUAAACAAGCACAUCGUUCCGCAUUGCAAUGGACUGUUUGCUAUACUCAUGGAUAUACUACAGAGCGUCAAUGCAAAUAAAUCUCUUCGACCGUGCAUCAUAUCAACCUUCGGCGACUUAUCUCUAGCGCUGGGGUCAGAGUUCUUCACAUAUCUCCCUGUGGUUAUGGAGACUCUCCACCAAGCAACACGAGCCGAAGUCAACUUGGCGGAUCCGGAUAUGGUUGAAUAUCUCAAUUCACUUCGUACCAGCUGUUUGGAGGCAUACACCGGCAUCGUGCAGGGUUUGAAAAGUGACGGUCCACAAUCCACUGAUGCGUUGAACUUUGUCGCGGGACAUGUGCCUCACAUCUUGUCUUUCAUUGCACACGUCGGUUCGGAUUCAAUCACGACGGAUGAGUUGGUUUCAGCUUCAUGUGGCCUGAUAGGCGACUUAGUGUCCGCGUAUGGCGCAAAUAUUUUGGCUUUGGUGGAAGUGGACCCUAUUGGAGCCGUUCUUCAGAGAGGCCGGCGGUCAAAGACUCUUCGCACCAAGAACCUAGCAGUAUGGGCGACAAAAGAAAUACGCAAACUGAAGAACGCUGCUCACAACGUCGAACCCAAUGUUUCGGCUGUAUUUGGCAGUGUAGGUUGUUCCGCUCUACAGGCCUAA